AUGCCGCGAAAUGUCAACACCGCGCCGCUGGCGAGACUGGACGGAAAUCGGUUCCAUACGAUGGAGGCGGACGUGGAGUUCUACCGUGAAGACGACGACGGAAACAUCCGCCCACAAAACGCCUGGGUGUCCGUAGGUGCGGAUCGAUACAACAAUCACCUGGGUAGCGGUGCGCGUGUAGCGUUGGCCUUGACGGAAGUCUGCUGCAAGAACGGCCUGGGCAAGGUCUUCGUCUUCAACCUCCACCCGAGACCGGCCAACAAUAUCCAAGCACACAAGGCGCUUAAAGCGGUCCCAGAACUGUUCUACUUGCCGUACGUGUGGGCUGAAGGAGAGCGAGCUAAGUGGGAGCGGUUGAAGCCGUAG